AUGGCCACUGUCGACCAUAGGGCCAUAGUUGUUGGCAUCAGCGGCUGCUCGUCCAGCGGCAAGACGACGCUGGCAAGGCUGCUCCGCGAUGUCUUCCCAAACUCAUUUAUUCUCCACGAAGACGACUUCUACAAGAAUGACAAGGACAUUCCCAUAUCAGUCGAUGGUCUUGCCGACUGGGACUGUGCAGAGGCACUCUCACUCCCCGAUAUGGAGAAGGCGCUCCUCCACAUCCGCACGCAGGGUGCUCUGCCGGUCAGUCGCAACUCUCAUUUGUCAUGCCGCACAGAUCAUGGCGACCGGCCAUGUCGAAUCUCGACGCCCCCUCUUCCUCCACCCCACCCCUCCCCUCCAUCUUGUAUACAAAGCUCUCCGCUCACACCAUCGCAUCCGCAGCCCUCUCUUUUCUCUAAGGAAGACCAGAACUCUGUCGGCAACUGCCCUGUUCCCGAUGCUACAAUUGAGGCGCAGAAGGCCAAAGUCCAAGCCUGGCUCCAACCGGGCCAGCCAGGCAACAAGCUCGUAAGGGGCGGCGAAGGCGGCAACACUCCACGGAUUUGCUUUUUCGAUGGCUUCCUGUUGUAUUCAGAGAAAACACGAACGUCCAUGGAGCUGAUCGACGUGCGUCUGUUCCUCCGGGUAAGCCACGCAAAGGCGACGCAGCGUCGUGAGGCGCGGGACGGCUAUGUGACCCUCGAGGGCUUCUGGAAGGACCCGCCAGGUUACGUUGACAAAAUUGUAUGGCCUAACUAUGUCGAGGCGCACAAGUGGCUGUUUGACAAUGGCGAUGUGGAAGGCACCCCGAACAAAGCAACGCUCGAGGCAAACCGCAUUUUGACCCAGCUGGACAAGAGCAUCGACAUCGAUAUGGUAACGACGCUGGAGUGGGCUGUGGACACACUGAUACGCGAGCUGGAGAACAAGUACUUGUGA